UUUUAGACCGAACUACCUUCUUCUCCUUCUUUGUCCCCUUCUUUCCCCUGCCGUCGUCCAUGGCAGCAGUGGUGGCGGUGAAGGAGCAGCCUGGAGGUGCAGUUCGCCUUCUUCCAGCCACAGCACCGGCACACGGUGCACACCACGGCGCACCACUGCCCGCCUGGUCCAUCCUCUUCACCAACCUCCUCCAUUUCCUUCCGUGCACGCAGCCGCUCAACCCGGCACUUGCCCUCGCCUACGCCGCCGCACCGUGUCGUUCGCGGGCUUCCUCUUCCUCGCCGGAUCGGCCGCUAGCUGCGCCCUCGCCGCCCGCCUCGCUUCACGCUCGCCUGCAAGGUCGUGCUCCCCACGUAAUCAAAAUCGAGCUCAGAACCCACCCAGCCUUGGAACAAUCCUGCUCGCUUCUGCUUCUGUAUCUCUCCUCCCUUCCUGAAUCCAGAUGGGCUCCAAGCGACCAGCAGCGAUCAAGAACGGGAAGCCAAGAAUGGGAAGCCAGAAGAGAAUUCCAAAUCGAUCGAGGCAGAGAGGAGGGGGAGAGAGAAAGAGAGAAUCUUUUUAUUUCCUCGGGGGUUUUGAUGAAUUUUUUCUUUCGCGCGGUGGUGGUGGUUCGUGCUUAAGCAAGGGGAUGCCGUUCUGCUCAAGAUGGGACGAAGGAGGAAGAAGAGGGCAUUUUGGUCUAAAAACAUAUUUCUUUGGGUGAACAGGGAUGUCCUUCAGUACCCUUGUAGCCUGCAUUUUUAUGAGUAUGAAGCGAAACGAAACGAAAGACAGCGGCAAAAGAGGAGCAGUGUCAAGCCAAGGGAAGGGAUGGCCGACGAGCACGGCGGCCGGCGGCGGGUGGCCCUGCCGUGGGCGGUGCGGAUCCCGCUCUGCCUGUUGGAGGCCGCCAUCGACGCGUCGCAGCGCCGAGACGGCAGCGUGAACCGCUCUCUGUUCGCGCUGUUCGACCGCUGCGCGGCCGCCAACCCGCGGCCGGACGCCGCCGGCGUCAGCUCGAGGGACGUCACCGUCGACGUGUCCCGCGGCCUCCGGGCGCGCGUCUUCACUCCCCCCGUCGAGGGGCGCCCGCUCCCCGUCAUCGUCUACUUCCACGGCGGCGGGUUCUCGAUGUUCUCGGCGGCGUCCCGCCCCUUCGACGCCCACUGCCGCAACCUCUGCGGCGGGGCCGGCGCCGUCGUCGUCUCCGUCGACUACCGCCUCGCCCCCGAGCACCGGUUCCCGGCCGCGUACGACGACGGGGAGGCCGUCCUCCGUUACCUCGGCGCCUCCGGCCUCCUCCCCGAUGAGGUCGACCUCUCCGCCUGCUUCCUCGCGGGAGACAGCGCCGGCGGCAACAUCGCGCACCACGUGGCCCAGCGCUGGACGGCGUCGACGGCGCCUCCGUCGGAAAACCCCGUCCACCUCGCCGGCGUGAUACUCCUGGAGCCGUUCUUCGGCGGCGAGGAGCGGACGAGCGCAGAGCGCGCGCUGGACGGCGUGGCGCCGGUGGUGAACAUCCGGCGGUCGGACAGGUGGUGGAAGGCGUUCCUGCCGGAAGGGGCCGACCGGAACCACCCGGCCGUGCACGUCACCGGCGACGCGGGGCCGGAGCCCGAGCUGACGGAGGCGUUCCCGCCAGCGAUGGUGGUCGUCGGGGGGCACGACCCGCUGCAAGACUGGGGCCGAAGGUACGCCUGCAUGCUGGAGCAGAAGGGGAAGGCGGUGCGGGUGGUGGAGCUGCCGGAGGCCAUACACGCCUUCUACCUCUUCCCAGAGCUCGCCGGCGAUAACCGUAAGCUCGUCGAUGAGAUCAGGGCGUUCGUGGAAGAAAGCAUAAUUAAGGGCCAAGUAGUCCAUUGAGGCAUUGAUUACUCCGGCUAGUCACAAAUUAUCGCAGUAAAUAAGGAACACAAGAUGCGCCACCCGUUGUUUCUGUAAGAGCAAGAGUACAACCUAGCUUCAAUUUAUCUAUAAUCAAUCUUCAAUUUAUUUAUAGUCA